CAAACAUUUACCAACAAAACAACGCCCAAUCAAGAAAAGCUUUUGAUAAUGACAUCCUCAGGCACCGGCGCUUCCUUCCUCCUCCUCCUUCUUGCACUGGUGAUGGUUGUGGCCACUGCUGAUUAUUACGUGCUACCACCAACCACGCACACUCCUUCAGAACCUUACGUUCCGCCCACCAACUUCACAUCUCCGGUUAAGACUCCAUACUUGCCAAACACUGAAAUCGCCAUCGAAGGUCUCAUCUUCUGUAAAUCUGGCAACGAAACCUACCCUCUCCAAGGGGCCAAGGUCAAUGUUGUGUGUCCUAUCGUGGACUCAAACGGAAGGCUAGUGGCUAAGGCUACACUCUCGAGCUACCCAACGGACUUGAAAGGAUACUUCUACUUCAUCACGUACGGACUCUCCCACAAGGUGAAGAGCAUCAACGGCUGCAAAGUGAAGCUUGAGAGCUCUCCGGUCUCCACGUGUAAGACUCCGACAAAUGUCAACAAAGGUGUCACCGGAGCUACACUCUCUUCUGACAGCUCCAAGUUCAUUAGCCGCGACAACUUGGACCUAUACAUCCUUGAACCUUUCUAUUUCUCUAGCCCAGUGUCUCCCAAACCGGUUUACUAAGAAUUACAAUCGAUCAUUAGACCGCGGUUUAUGUAUAUAAUAUAUUGUUCGCUCUUACUCUAUAAUCUACUCUCGUUCUUUGAUUCCUGGCCAUGUUUGCCAUUUGAUUUUUUUUUUUGGAACAAACCAUACUUUCAUUACUACUAGAAUUCAAGUUUAAGGAGCAUAUAAUGCUUAUUUUCAAGACGAGGAACAUAAUUAAAGGAGAUAGAUACAAGGGAUCCACAGAGAUGUCAUGCAAGAUUCCUUAAAUGUCAAUGAGCUUGUCUUGUGAGGACAGCGUAGAUACGAGCGUUUUCGAGUCAGACCAAAAGAUGACCAAGGUGAACCCCAAAGAUACUGCAUCUGAGAGUGCAGCUUUAACCGCAAAAGCUUCUGCAAUAAGAGCAGGACCGACAUGGCUGCGGUUUGAAAACAUGGAUCAUGUAGAUCCUGUUAUAGGGUCCUUGAAAAUCCAGCCAAAACAUCUCUUAUUUGUCGCCGAGAUCCAAGCUGCUUCAACAAAACAUUGCGUCUGUUUGAGCAAAGGAGUGGGCAUGGACAACUUAGGACAAGUGCUUUUUUGUCGCCGUUAACACCGAUAAUGAGUUUAUCAUAUACCCAAUUAUUACACUUAGGACAAGUGCUUUUUAUACUUGUAUUUUUUAUUUUCGCCAGUAAGUUAGUGAUCAUUAUUACUCAAUUUCUCAAGUAACCGGCAAAUACGGCGGAAACGGAUAUUUAUUGUCAAAUACACAACUCGAAACUUACCUUGAAUAUGCAAUAUGAAGAAGGCACAUGCUCUAUCCGCUCUAUUCGAACAACUAGUACUGCUAGUGGGGUUUGCUUAAGUAAAAACCACAAUAUAAUAAACGAAAAUUAGCUGGUUAAAAAUACAAUUGAUCUUAUACUUCAUUACAAAAGUCGUUUAUAUUUUCUUACUUAUGCAAACAGUUCAACUCCAUUAAUGGCAUUGCAUGGACUUCUUCACGCGUUGUAUGAGAAUAACGUCGCCGAUUUAAGACUUUCUUUAAAAAAAGUUUGGGUGGGAGCCAAACUUGACAACCGAGACAUGAUUUAGUUUUAUAAUAAGUCAGCGUCAGUUUCCUACCAAAUUUAGUUCCCUUUCAUUUCGUUUUACAUUUAUGAUUUAACCAAACGAGAAAAUUAUAUUUUGUUGAUCUGUCAGCUAUAUAUAUCACUCUCACCAUUUUAAUUGAUAAACUCUUUCAAAUUUUCACACAUUUUAAUUUUUAAUGUUUAGUUAUAAAUACAUCCUUUAAAAUAAUGUCUCAUCACUCUUGACCAAUAAUAAUUGUAUACAUUUUUACUCCCUCAGAUUUUUAUUAGAUGACAUUUUAUAUAUUCUAUAUAAAAACAUCAUUAAAUAUUUGCCUAACCAUAAAUUAACCAAUAAAAUAAAUUUCAUUAUAUAAAUGGUCAAACAACAUACAAAGUUAAUAAACUUUACAUUAAACUUUUAAAACAUCAUCUAAUUUGGAACGAAAAUUUUCUUUUUAAAAAAUCAAGUAUUAAACACGGAGGAUGAAUUAUUUAUGAAAUCUAUAAUAUAUCAUCAUUAACAAAUAAAAAGUAUACAAAUUCAAAAUCUAUUUUUGUGAGAGAAAAACUAACAAAUUCAUUUAUUCAAAUAGAGAAAAUAUUAGUUUCACAGCUACUUUCUCUGUUUCUAAAUGAUCUAUGUUUUGGAAUUUUCACACUUAUUAAGAAAACACUUAAAAUUUGAUAAUAAAAUUUGAAAAUAUUUUCUGUGUUUAGCUAUUUCUUAUGACUUUUGACCAAUCAAAAUUCAGUAAACACAAUUAAUGUUUUUGAUGUUUACAAUUUUUCAUUAUUACAUACAUUGAAAAUGUAAAAAAUGAAUCUUUUAGAAACAACAUAUUUUUUUAAAAUAUGGAUCAUUUAGGAACGGAGGAAGUAUUAAAUAAGAUUUAGUGGUUGAUGAUUAUUAACGGAUAUAUUCACUUAUCAAAAGAUACAAGUGGAAUUCAAAUUAAUAACCGAAAUUAAAUGUAUUUUGUCGUUUAUUGUUCAACUUCAAAUUAAAAAUGUUAAUACAUAUGUCAAUCAUGAUUUUUAAAAAUAAAAAUUCUAAACAUUCAACGCCAUGAAACUAAGAUGAUAGAAAUUUCUUUACCAGCAAUAGUUAAUACUAAAUACAAUUAAAAUCGACUCCGAAAACUAAAUAAAAGAUAUAAAAUAUAGUUGUUGUGAUAGUUCGUCUCUUACUGUGUUUGUUAUUUUUAUAUAUUUGAUUACAAAGUUAGAAAAUAACUACUUACACUGUUAAAAUUCAUCAAUAUAAAAAUACAAAUAAAUUAUUUUAUAGAUGUAAACAUAAUCUUUACCAGUUGAAAACAUAUUGCGUUAUAAAACACAUAUGCAUAGACAACAUUGGAAGAGAUACCCUCUACUAAUGUCAUGGGAUACAAAUUAAAAAUUCAAGAUAUUAAUCUGAAAAUCAAAGUUAGUGGACAUUAUUUUCAUUGUUUGCCAUCAAAUAAAAUAAAACUCCUAACUCCUACAUGGCUACAUCCAAAUAAUGACAAUGUAUAACAUGUUAAUAAAUUUUAAUUCAUAUUUCGAAACGAAUUUACGGCCACAUACAAGUGUAGUCAAUGAACUAAGUAAGAUAUCAAUAUCGGUGGCGAAAAGAACAAUAUAUCAAAUAUCUAAUACAUUCUAUU